AUUCAAUAAAUACAGCCGGCAUAACGCUAGCGUGUCGCCUCGUCAUCAAUGAAAACUGAUCAAGGCAAGUAACUACAACAAUGGAAAUCUAUGGGCUAUACAUUAUAUAUAGGUGGGGGUUUGUAUUUUUUUUUUUUAUUUUAAUUACAAAAAGGUUUCUUCUUCUUAUCCAAAAAAACAACCCAGUUUAUUUAUCCAAAAAGGUAGAAUUGAUUAAAGGGAAGGAGAUGGAUUCUGGGAAUUAUGGGUGCUCACAUUACAAGAGGAGAUGCAAAAUAAGAGCACCCUGUUGUGAUGAGAUAUUUGAUUGCAGGCAUUGCCAUAAUGACUCAAAGAAUUCUUUAGAAGUUGAUCUACUCAAACGCCACGAUAUUCCUCGCCAUGAUAUAAAAAUGGUCGUUUGCUCAUUGUGUAAUACUGAACAGGAUGUUCAACAAACCUGCAUUCAGUGUGGGGUUUGCAUGGGAAAUUACUUUUGCUCAAAAUGCAACUUCUUUGAUGAUGAUGUUUCGAAGAAUCAAUACCACUGUGAUAAAUGUGGAAUCUGCAGAACGGGUGGCAAGGAGAAUUUCUUUCACUGUGACAGAUGUGGAUGCUGCUAUUCAAAUUUGAUGAAGGAAUCACAUAUUUGUAUAGAAAGAGCAAUGCACCACAACUGCCCUGUUUGCUUUGAGUAUAUUUUUGAUACAACAAAGAAUAUCACAGUCUUGCCUUGUGGUCAUACCAUGCAUCUGGAAUGCGUUAUGCAGAUGGAACGACAUUUCCAGUAUUCUUGUCCUGUUUGCUCAAGAUCAUAUUGUGACAUGUCCCGUGCUUGGGAGAAACUGGACGAGGAGGUUGCCUCGACACCCAUGCCUGAAAUGUAUCAGAACAAGAUGGUUUGGAUUCUUUGCAAUGACUGUGCAGAAACAUCCGAGGUUAACUUCCAUAUAGUGGCACAUAAAUGUCCUUGUUGCAAAUCCUAUAAUACGCGGCAGACAAGAGGAGGCACCAGUUCAUGCACUAAUAUUACUGAAAUGGUCCGAUGAGGUUCUUAUUCGAGACUUAAGAGAAGAAUUCUGCUUCAAAAUUUCUCUUGGAAAGCGCGGAAUGAUGAAUUCAACGCCCACGACUACAACAUUUGGUAUAAUUGUACCUUUAUUUUUCCCGGACUAGUUUUACAGGUCAUUACUUGCAAUCAGGGAGCAGUGGGACAUUCUUCGCUUAUUCUUUCAAAUGUUAGCUGUGAUAUUUCUCAUCAAAUAUUAUCUCUUUUUUUCAUUAUCUGAGGGGACAUACAAAAAGAUAUUUCUUACGAA